AUGGAAGCCAUAAUGGACGAAUCGAUCUUGGUCAUUCCGGAAAAACCACAAAAGCAGCAGGAACAUACCCCACAAGAAAAGGACAUGAAUGACGGAGAAAAAGAUAAUGAGUCGUUUGAACAGGUCUCGUACGAUGCGAAAAACAAUUUAUGCUUAUCCGCCAGAAUGACCAGUGAGGAGGAGCCCGAGACGAUUGUACCGGUGAUGCGGAAAAAAAUGGAACAACAGCAACAACAAAAUGAGGGCGAACGAGAUAGAUCAGAAUCGGUGUGUGUCACGACGCGUGAUUCGAUGGUGUUCGAGCAUGACCUCAACACAGAGAUGAUCAAGACGUCCACGGAGGGGCAGCCAUCACCGUUAGGUGAACCAAGAGAGGAGGACAUACCAGUUGUUCUCGAGGACGGAACACAGUUUGCGCGAGAAUCAAAAACUGAGAAUCAAGGGCAUGGAGUUGAUGAAACGUUUGGGGUGGAAUUGUCCUCUCAACACUGGUCAAUAGAAAAAGAGAUGUCGACAGGAAAGCCAACCGAUGAGGACCUAGCGAAGAUAUUUAUAAAUCAAGAGGAUAGCCACAUCCCGAAUGAGUUUGUCUUGGUAGACGAAGUGAAGAAGCCGCAGAGAAGAGAGAUGGAAAUGCAAGAAACUAUAGCACAAAGCUAUGAUCCGAAAAUGGAAGAACAAAUAAAUCAACUAAAUAUGCAGGAGUCGCAAUGCAUUGCAGAAAUCGAGAAAUAUGAGUCCGAAAACAUAGGACAACAUAACGGAGAAAAUCACAAAGAACUUAUACACGACUGGCAGAUGCCAGGUGCAGACGGACAGGACAAACUUAUAAGUAAAAUACACACAAAUCACCAACAAGCCAAAACAGCACAAGCAGAACACCAUGAAGAAAACGAUGAAAGAAACCACCAAAUCAAAUGGCAAGAGACAACCGCUACGAUGCUUCUAAGUGAACCGCAUGGAUUCAAUGAGCACCAAUACGGUGAGCCUGAUGAUUCGGAGCGUGUUGAGCCUGUGCUUGAUAACGUUCAAUCGCAU